AAACAGAAAUAUUGGUAAAACUAAUUAGAAGAGUAGCAUAUUGUCAUAAAGGUGAAACUUCUUAACAGACAAAUGAGAUUUGGUCAAUAAUUGUAUGUUUUACUAAUUAUAACCACCUCUUGAGAAUAUUUUUAGUGCUACAAAUUUUGCUAUCUAAAGGCAAUAAUGUAAAUUGUAACCUAUUGCACAAUGUUUAUUUUAAAAUACAACUUCUAAUCAGGGCCAAUAGUAUUUUCAGAAGUUCAAUUGUUAAUGUAAUAAGUGGUGAACUCCGGAUGCAUAUUUGAUAUGUUUCCAAAUGAGGUAAUUUUGAUUAGUUAAAUUGAAUAAGGUGCAAUAAUUUCGAUUUCAUAAAGUGAUGAUUAUUUGUAGGGUACAUGGUCUUAAAAUAUUUUUGUCCCAAGUACUUCAUUGAUAAAGUAAGGUGGCAAAUCUAAGCAUGAAGAUAUAUCACUAUUCCUCUCCAGUUCAAUCAACUUCUUUGAAGGGGUUACAGGAAGACAAGUAGAGUUAAAGAAUUGAUAGCAGAAUCACCUUUAGAUUAUGAGAACUAAGAUAGGAAUGAAAUGUUUUCAGUGCAAUGCCUCAAAUGGAUUCUGUCAGUAACCUGGUGCCAACAAGGUGGUGUGUUCCUCAUGAUAAGAGCUCAUUGACUCUCAUAAACUGCUUUGUUCUCAAAGAGGUAAACAUUCAAAAGUAUUCUGUAUUUGGCAGACAAUUGUGUACCAUUUUUUCAGUAACUUAAGUCAAUGAAUGGAAGCAUUUUUGAGAAAUGAUUAAUCCAGACAUUUUCACACUGAAGGAGAGCGGGUUGUGGUGUUGAGGGCCUGAAACUAACGAUAGUUAGUAAUAUUUAUACUGAAAAUACACAGGAUUAAUAUUUAAUGAAAAUUACUGAAAUCAUUGUUCCUAAGUGGUGUCAAUGUGGCACCAUAAUGCUAUUUCCAUAAGGUAUUUGCUAACAUGUCAGAGAACAAGAGGUUAAGGUUAGUCUUUCUUACUUGUAGAACAAACUUACACUGUAAAUGCAUGGCAUAGAUUUGCUAUAAUUUUUUUCUUCUAGCUAUUGUACUGCAUUAUUCAUGGCCUCAUUUGAUCCAUCCAAGUUGGCUUCAUUAAAGGGCAUGUGGUUUUCUGAUAUUACAAAAAAGCUUAUAAAGUACACAGUACUUACAACUGCACAUAACACAAGCUGCUUUUCAAAUAAUAUAAAGCAAUAUAAAUAAUAAUUGUUUCAGACAUUAUGUUGAAGCUAGAUUUUAAUAUUGGUCAUAAUUUGGGUAGAUGGAGCUCGUCAGCCUGGGAAGGCAGUCCAUCUAAGAGCGGGAAAACUCUGAUUUCAAAUCUCCGCUGUCUUGAAGCCAUACCCACUCAUGGGAAAGGCUUCGGGAGUAAACCCUGAGGACAAAUCCAGAGCUGGAGUCCCUAAGACAGUCCAACGUUGCCUUUAACCUCGUUGUGGCAACUCCUGCAACAUCACUGGUGCCAAGCUGUAUCGGUCCUUGCCCUUCCCUUGGACAACAUCAGUGGCAUGGAGAGGGAAGACUCGUUGCAUGGGCAACUGCUGGUCUUCCGUAUAAUCUUGCCCAGGCCUGCGCCCUUUCCAGGCACAGAUCCAUGGUCUUGCAAGACUAACGGAUACCACACAAUGACAAAUGCAGGCUUUGUCAUUUAGUGAGAAUUACUAAAAUAGAAUUGCCCCCAAAAAAUUUAGUAGGCAUGUACAUGUAACUGAGCUAAGUCAGCCAAUGAUUGAAGAGGAAUACAUGCAGUCUGCUAAUAAAUGAUCAAAAUCAUUACUGCAAGGAAUGGAGUGGAAGAGGAAGUCAACCUGUAUAGAUUUUCAUGGACUACUUUUUUUCACCCACUUUGUUCGCUGUACUUUCAUUUAAGCAAUUGCAGGUGUGGCCGACAGCUAGGGAGCUGCAUUGCAUCUGCUAUUGCACAGACAAGGCCAUUGAGGUCGCCUGUUCCAUCACCAAUGAAGGACAUGAUGGAGCUGGAUGUAUGACACUGGAUUCCAUACUGGGUUGGGGACGAGCAUGUCCUGUUGGUGCUGCCCUCCAGUGUCACUUCUGGGAAAUGAGCUGGAUUGUUUUUGUGUGCAGUUCCAGUCUGCUAAUUAAAUUUGCGGACGAUAGUACGUUGAUUGGCAUUAUCUCAAAUAAUAACGAGGUAGCCUACAGAGAAGAAACCAUCACCCUGGCACAGCGGUAUCAAGAAAACAACCUCUCCCUCAAUGUCAUGAAAACAAAACAGCUGGUUGUGGACUACAGGAGGAAUGGAGACAGGCUCAUGCCUAUUACCAUCAAUGAAUCUGGGGUUGAGAGGGUGAACAGCUUUAGGUUCCUUGGUAUACACGUCACCGAGGACCACACUUGGUCUGUACAUACCGGCUGUGUGGAGAAAAAAGCACAACAGCACCUCUUUCAUCUCAAAUGAUUGAAGAAAUUCGGCAUGAGUCCCCAAAUCCUGAGGACUUUUUACAGGGGUACAAUUGAGAGCAUCCUGACUGGUAUGGGAACUAUAUUUCUCUCAGUUGUAGGACUCUGCAGAGAGUGGUGCGGAUAGCCCUAAAUGUGAAAUUCCCACUAUUCAGGACAUCUGUAACGAUAGGUGCGUAAAAAUGGCCUGAAGGAUGACUGAGGACCUGAGUCACCUCAACCAUAAACUGUUCCAGCUGCUACCAUCUGGGAAAUUGUACCGCAGCUUUAAAGCCAAGAGCAACAGGCUCCGCAACAACUUCUUCCACCAGGCCAUCAGACUGAUUAGUUCAUGCUGAGACAAAUGUAUUUCUAAGCUAUAUUGGCUGUUCUGUUGUAUAUCUUACCAUAAUAAUAUUUUACUUAUUUCAAAUUACUAUAACUUGCACAUUGCACAUUCUGAUGGAGACACAAUGUAAUGAUGUUUACUCCUCAUGUACUCCUCAUGUAUGUGAAGUACGUAAGAAAUAAAGUUAAUUCAA